GAUCAGCUCCCCAGCAUCAGUUCUUCACUCCUAAAACCUCCGACCCUUUGAAUCCAAUGAAGAAAUUCGAGGUGGUUUUCAUUCCCGGCCCCGGCAUGGGUCACCUUGCCUCCAUCGUCGAGAUGGCCAAGCUUCUCGUCGCCCGAGAUGCACGUCUCUCCGUCACUGUCCUCGCCAUCAAGCUCCCCCACGACGCCCAAACAGCCCACCACAUACAGACCCUUUCAGCCGCUUUUGAAGGUAAAUCCAUAAGGUUUAUUGUUCUUCCUGAACUAAUCUUUCCAAACGAUGGUAACAGCAGCAGCAGCAGCUUUCUUGUGGAGAAACUCUAUGAAUCUUACAAACCCCAUGUGAGACAAGCUGUUAUUAACCUCAUUGGCUCCAUAAAUCUUGUGGGUUUUGUCAUAGACAUGUUUUGCACAACUAUGUCGGAUGUCGCUAAGGAAUUUGGGGUUCCUUGUUAUUUGUUUUACACUUCUAGUGCUGGGUUUCUUGCUUUUAGCUUUCAUCUUCAAGAAUUUUAUGAACAAAACAAGAACAUUGAAGAAUUGCUGCAAAACCCAGAUGGGGAAUUAGCUAAUCUACCUAGUUUUAUCAAUCCUGUUCCUCGUACUGCCAUUCCUGGGUUCUUCUUUGAUAAAGACAUGGCUGUUUGGUUUCAUGAUAAUACGAGGAAAUUCAGAACAGAAAUACAGGGGAUUUUGAUUAAUACAUUUGUGGAAAUGGAAUCACAUAUGAUGAAAUGGAUGUCAAAUGGGUCCUCGAAAAUCCCCAAAUUGUAUGCAAUUGGACCCAUUUUGCAAUGCAAUUCGAGUGUUAAUGAUGGUUUAGAAGCUCUGAAAUGGCUCGAUGAACAACCGGUGGAUUCGGUGGUUUUCCUCUGUUUUGGAAGCAGGGGAAGCUUCGACAAGGAUCAAGUGGCGGAGAUAGCUCGAGGUUUGGAGCGAAGUGGGGUUCGAUUCUUGUGGGCUCUCCGGCAGCCGCCACCGGAGGGUGCGAUGGAUGGGCCAAAAGACUACGCCGACAUCAACCAGGCUCUACCGGAGGGGUUUCUUGAGCGAACUAGGAGUGUUGGGAGGGUUAUUGGGUGGGCACCGCAGGCGGAGAUAUUGGCGCAUCCGGCGACCGGUGGGUUUGUGUCGCAUUGUGGUUGGAACUCGACGUUGGAGAGCUUGUGGCAUGGUGUGCCGAUGGCGGCGUGGCCGAUGUAUGCGGAGCAGCAGUUUAAUGCGUUUGAAAUGGUGGCGGAGCUGGGAUUGGCGGUGGCGGUGUGCUUGGAUUAUAGGAAGGAUUUGGGGAGAGAAAGGUUGAGAGUUGUGAGUUGUGAAGAGAUUGAAUGUGGGAUUAGGACAUUGAUGGAUGAAGGGAAUGAGAUUAGGAAGAAAGUUAAGGGGAAGAGUGAAGAAAGUCGGAGGAGUAUGAGGGACGGUGGUUCGUCGUUUGUUUCGUUGUGUCGUUUUAUUGAUGAUGUCUUGGCCAACGCUCCCGAAGGCAACCACUGAAACCUCGAAGAUUUGUUCUUAAAUCUUAUCGUAGAUUCAACUUUGGGUCUGUAUUGACUAGUCGAUCAUGUUAUGGUGAUGAGUAUUGGUAGUAUGUUUACAUAAUAGUGAAAA